CCCCACACACACCCCCCCACGCUCCUCACCUGUCCGCGUGCGGGCGCGCGCGCCCUUUUCUCCGUGUGACAGAAAACAUUAUCGCCAUUAAGGACAAGUGACGCGCAAUUCGGAAAGAGACCCGAGUGUCGAUUCCGCAGGUUCGGCGGCGUUGUUGGAGGGAUUUGACGUGCGCAACGUUGAGGGAUAUGGCUUAAAGGAUGGUUGCGUUGCUGACAGCCGGAGGACGGUCCGUCACUUGAGUGUUUCCAUCAGCUAUUUGUCGACUUUGGAGGAAACCUGACCUAAAUGGGAGGCUACCUGGAGGACUGAGUCGGACUCGGCUGCCGAAAAAACAAUGUGGAUAAAACGGAGUGUUGCGCGCAGUCCGUCUGCUUCCAGGCCAGGCAGCUGUGUGGGCCAACGGGUGUGGAUCCUGCUGGCCGUGACGCACCUCACCCUGGACUUCUCCGCGUGCAGCCCCCUCAGCGAGAGCACGGGGGUCAAGCUCACGGCGCAACCGGCGCCUCGCUCUCGGCCUCGCUGGCAGCCGGUGUGGGACGCGCCCAACAAGCUUCACUGGAGAACAGCCGGCCCGUUGGCCCGCCGCCUUCUCAACUCCAUCCCCCCACCCCAAGACGGCAGGGCGGGGAUCGGCCCCAAGGUCAAGGGCCAGAAGCAUCGGAAGCCAGCGCAGAAAGAGCCGGCGGCGUGUAAGGAGUGCCGGCUGAGAUACUCUCAGAUGGAGACGAGCGACCCUUUGGCUUUAGUCGCUCCGGCGGUUCCGCCCAGCGGGAGCAGAGGAGGCGCGGCGGGGUCGUUACUCAGAGCCAGGAGGCAGCUCAAAUGGGGCGGCCACGACAAGUCCCAGGAGGGCCGGACGACCACGGUGGCCGGAUUUAUUGACUGGGGACCCACUGGGACCGAUGGCGUCGAUGACAACGGCAAGCCCAACGCAACGCUGACCACGAAGGUGGUGGCUACCAUGAUGGCCACGAGCCCUAGCACUACAACCAGGCUCUCCCAAAGGACGUUCACUGUGGUGACUACCCCAGAGCCCAGGAGGCUCAGCACCACCAAGGCCACUGUCAGCACAGGGGAGGCGGAAAAAACCACAAAGCCAUAUGUGGACACACCAGGUUUGGCAGUUCACCAGAUAAUCACAAUCACUGUGUCUCUCAUUAUGGUUAUCGCAGCCUUGAUCACAACACUCGUCCUUAAAAACUGCUGUGCGCAGUCGGGAAAUGGCCGCCACAACAGCCAUCAGCGCAAGAUCCACCAGCAGGAAGAAAGCUGCCAAAACCUGACAGACUUCACCCCGGCCCGGGUGCCCAGCAAGGUGGACAUCUUCACUGCCUACAAUGACAGCCUGCAGUGCUCACACGAGUGCGUCCGGACAGCCGUGCCCAUCUACACGGACGAGAUGAUCCAGCAGACGCCCGUCUACAAGAGCGCUUACAACGGGAACAGGCCCUCCCCCACUGAAAGACAACUCAUUCCUGUGGCCUUUGUGUCAGAGAAAUGGUUCGAGAUCUCUUGUUGACAAGCUGAAGGCCGUUGCUCACUUCCUGUGGGUGAAAGAGACUUCCCGACUUCAUGCUCCGGCUCCGGUUGGAAACGACAAAACACACAAAAACAGCUUCUUUUGUAAAAUUGUGUGAUCACUCUUUGGACACUGGUGAAGAUAUUUAUUUUUCUAAAGAUGACAAGCAGAGCAGCCACAAAGCUGCCACUCCAUAAAUUCCAGGAAACGUACAGUCAUUUAGAUAUAGAUUCUAUAUACGUAUAUUUACCGGAUGUGUGGGACGAGAUUGUGGACGUCACAGGUGUCUCAAGGAAAACAUUUGAUGUUUGAAAGAGGAACCCAAGGAGCUGCGGUGGGUGGAAGGUGAACUGUAUUUCUGAACAAUGUGCCAAUAAUGCCACUAUGUGCCACAACCUGGAUAGAAGAAAAGUUUCAACAACAAGUGAUGGACUAAACGGAGAGUGCUAUAUCAACCCUGUAUCAACUACAUUUUUGUUUGUUUUUUU